AUGGCUUUUCGUGGACAUGAUGAGUCUUCAACAUCUUUGAAUAGACGUAAUUUUCUAGAGAUGAUUGAUUGGUACAAAGAUAAGAAUGAAAUUGUGAGGAAAGCUUUUAGUCGUGGUGCAAUGAAUUGCAAGAUGACUUCUCCUAAUAUUCAAAAAGAUAUUGCAAGAUGUUGUGCAGAUGUGAUCAUGGGAGAUAUUAAAGAUAGAAAUUUUUCUAUUCUUAUUGACGAGUCACGGGACAUAUCUGUGAAAGAGCAAAUGGCAGUGAUGCUAAGGUAUGUUGAUGUUAAAGGGAAGGUCGUGGAACGACUCCUUACUUUACAUCAUGUCGUUGAUACUACAUCUGAAGCAUUAAAGAAAAGAUAUAAAUAUAGUUCAUGCUAUGGAGCUAAUCGAUUUGGAGAAUCCACUAUUGAGAUAUUGACAUGUUUCUCAUGUCUUGAUCCAAAGAAUAACUUCUCUAGGUUUGAUAUAGAUAGCCUUGUUCGAGGUGCUCAGAUUUAUGAUGCUGAUUUCUCUACUAGUGACUUUGCACAAAUUAGACAACAACUUCAGACUUAUAUUCUUCAAGUAAGAAGGCAUGCGGCAUUCUCUACUUGCACUGAUAUUGCUAGUUUGGCUUCUAAGAUGGUUGAGACAGAGAAACAUAAGGUCUUUCGAUUGGUUUAUAGACUUAUUGAAUUGGCAUUAAUAUUACCGGUGUCCACAGCAUCUGUUGAAAGGGCAUUUUCAGCGAUGAAAAUUAUCAAGACUAAUUUACGAAACAAGAUGGCUGAUGAGUGGUUCAAUCAUUUGGUGGUGUGCUACAUCGAGCGAGAAAUAUUCAAAGAACUUGAUGACUCUACCAUAUUGCGGCGGUUUCAAGGCAUGAAGACUAGAAAGUUGAAUUUGCCUCGUUCUCUACCAUCUUGA